CUUUGUCUCUCUUUGUCUGUGUGCGUGUGUGUGUGUGAUCGCAUGUUUCUCUCUGAAUCUGCAUAGAGGUGGAGAGAUCUGCGAAACGCUGUGAAUUGGACGCGACUUUGCUUUUUCAUGCCGCUGAAUCGAGGCAGGGACGUCGCCCGCAGGCUACGGGAGAGAAGUCCUUCUGGCAUUUUCGCAUGCGCAUGGCGGUCGGGGGUUCUGCACAUCGCGCGCGUCCUCCCCGAGACCCUGGAAUGAAAGGUGCUCUUCUCUGUUUCGCUUUUUUAACUGUUCCUUUUGUUUUCCACUCCGAUUUUUUGCACUUUUAAUGUCCGCCGUCGCCGUCUGUGGGCCUCCAGGACAUUCUCCUCGUCGCAGUCGGGGACCGUUGGCUGGUUUUUCGUACCGCCGACCGGGGAGUUUCCUGUCGCUCUCCUCCCCGUUUUCCGUUCCUCUUUCCCUCUCUCUUCUUGUCCAGGUUUUCCGUUUUCUCUCUCUCUUCUCCGUUCAAACGCUUUUCCGUGUGACUCGCGUUUUGUCUCUCCGUCCCUCCGACCAAAAACGUACCAAUCCCCUGUCCAGUUCAGCACCGCCCCCGCCUGCGUCUCGCGUGUCUUCAGGGUUUUUGACUUUUCUUUGCGCGGCCUUGUCUCUGUGGGUGUUUGUUCCUCUCCGUUCUCUUCUCUGGGGUCCUCACGCUGGAAACGAGAAGCUGCAAGCCAUAGUUUCAACGCAACUGCCCAGUCGUCUUCUCCGUUCUUCAAACAGUUCGAGGAAGCUCGAAACCCACAGCAAACGCCUAUCUGCGCUUCGCACUGUCGGCUCCUUCUUCUCGUCUCUCUCCCCAACAAAACGCGUCUCUCUCCUCGUCUCUCCUUCCCUCUCUCCCCCUAUAUUCUCCCUUUCACCCUCCCCCCCCUGUUCUGCCGCUUCGCUGGGCUUGGCCUUCUCCCUCCCGAUUUGAGAGUUUCCGCCAGCUUCCCCUCACUUUUUUUUCUCAUUUUUUCGGAAGAAUGGGGAUGGAGGACGGCCGCGAACCAUAUUCGAGUCGCGGCAUGCCGCCAAAUGGAGAUCGAUACGGGAGAGACGCCUGGAGAGGCGGAGGCCGGGACCGAGACGCCCGCGGUCCGCGCUCCAGGGACAGCUUCCGAGGAGACAGAGAGUACCGCGGAGACUACUACGGAGGCUACGGCCCAGGCUCGUCUUCAGGAGGUCCUCAGAGUGACCGGGGAUAUGGAGGCGGCGGCUACGGAGGAGGAGGCGGCGGCUACGGAGGAGGAGGCGGCGGCUACGGAGGAGGAGGAGGCGGCUACGGUGGAGGAGGAGGCGGCUACGGAGCGGGAGGAGGCGGCUACGGAGCAGGAGGAGGCGGCUACGGAGCAGGAGGAGGCGGCUACGGAGCGGGAGGAGGCGGAGGCGGCUACGGAGCAGGAGGAGGGAACUCGGGAGGCUAUGGAUCUGGCUACGGGGGCGGCAGGAGCGGUCGAGAGAAACACAGAAGCCGUUCGCGAUCUCCGGGGGGAGGCGGUGCGGCUGGCGGAGGCAAGGGAGCGAGGGGAGGCCAGCCGAAGCCGCGGCGAAAUCCAGACAUCUCGACGUCUCACGAGCGCUCGAGGUCCCGGGAGAGGAGAAGAAGAAGAAUGCAGGCAGAGUGCAUUCGCCGCGCCGGAGGUUUUCAGAAACUGGCAGACAGCGAAGGACAUGAACCGAUUCGUCUCUUCUGGGAUGGCUUUCAGUGGGUGGCGAAGACUGGCGCGGCCUCCACCCAGGCUGGCUCCGAUGCCGCGACGAUGAACAGUACGAGGAAGUUGCGGAGACUGUAUUUUGGGAACCUCCCGCUGCACCUGGGUCUGACUGAAAGUACAUUCCAAGACGUAGUCUGGAACGAGAUGAAGAACCGCGGCUUCUGCAGCAACCCAGAGGCGAAUCCCGUCCUCUACGUUUGGUUUGCGAAAGACAAAGGGAACUACGGCUUCGUCGAGUUCGCCACUGUGGAGGAAACGGAGAGAGCGUUGACGAUGGACGGCAUGCUGUGCAUGGGCAUUCCUCUCAAGGUGUCGAGACCUAACGACUACUCAACCACAUCGUCUGCUCAAACCCAGGCGAUGAGCGUCAUGGGGCAUCAGGCUGCUGCUAUGCUCAUUGGACAACUCGCAGCACCCGGAGGUCCUCCUGCCGGCACGACUCGUUUCCUGCGAAUUAUGCAAAUUGUCGAUCCGUCAACUCUGAAGGAGCAAGAGGAGUACGACGACCUCUUGGAGGACGUAAAAGAAGGGUGCGAGAAGGCUGGAAAGAUUGUGAACGCGGUCGUGAUUUCGCCGAAAGUCAAAGACCAGGUUCCCUUCGAGUUGUGCGACAUCAUCCUCGAGUUCUCCACACCGCAAGAAGUCGAUGCAUGCGUGGUGACUAUGGCGGGCAGGAAGUACAUGGGCAAGCCUUUGGCAAUGGUCAGGCUCGAAGAAACGUCUUUCGCGCAGUACAUUGCUCCGCUCCUUCAGUGAAGGCCGGCGAACCUUGCGAAGGGAGCAGAGAAGAGCAGAGAAGAGAACGCGUCAAGUUCCCAGCGUGGAGGCCAGCAGCGAUAAAAAAUGGAGAGACAGGACAGAUGUGCGAAUUUGAGAGGAAGCGAGCACGAGAGAGAGAGAGAGGAAUGAAGAACAAACAGAAAGAGAAGCAGCAAGAGAAGACGAAAGGGAAGAAGAGAGAUGCGAAGCGAAGAGAACGAGGCGAGCGGUAGCAAGCAGAGCGAAGUGAUUCAGAGAACAAGAAGAGCAGGAUGGGUCUGCAGAGUUGUUCGGCUGCUGUCUCCGCAUGUCGCCUUUCAUCUGUUUUGACGCAUCGAGGCCGUCUUCUGCUCCAAGGUGGACAGGAGACUCUGUCAAGCGUUGACUCCUGGAUUCUUUCUGCAUGUGGAGCUGCAAAGGCGUUCUAGCGCUUUGUCUGGGGACGACGUGGUGGAGGCCUUUGGCGUUUCCCCGUUUUCAUGCGUGCGACGUCGAUUCGUCUGCAUCUUCGAGUCGUGGAGAAACGAAACAUGCAUCGCAUGCAGACAGCAUUAAAAAGUUGGACUCUGUGUCGUACACACUUGUGACCGCCUUGCGGCCGCCACUGCGCCGCCCUGGAGCACGAGGAUUACACCUUGCUGUGCAGUAUAGCAAAUCGUUUGCAUGAAUGUUCAGCCUUUGUUGAGCAUCGUACGGAUAUCUCGAAAGAAGGA